AAGUAGCACCACAAGAACGCUGCGUCACAGUUCACUCGCAAGCAUUUUGUUCGUAUCCCUCCUCGCCAGAACCUGUGGUGCUCCUUCAACCCUCAGAGAAAAGCUUCUCCCUCUCAAGCUCAAAGCUCCCUCAACCAGUAAGCUCUCUCUCUCUCUCUCUACUGUAAAAUUUCCAUUUCAAGAGAGAGAGAGAUAAGUGAACAGAGCAGCUUUAAAACCCCAGAAAACUGCUACCAUUUGCAUGCAGAAUUUUGAAUUUCCAUUGAUGUUGUUCAGUUAACUGGAAACCCGAGUGAAAGUCAGUAGCUUUUCUAUCUGGGUUCUUUCUAAAUUAUCAAAUCAUGGUCUCUGCAAUGCUCAAUGGGGCUGAGAAUCUCACUCUUAUCAGAGCAAUAACCCCAAAUGUGUUAAGUUUUCACGUGUCGGAUCUUCACGGGAAGCAGUUUCUGAAAACGGGUUUUGCUUCAACCGCAAGAAUACCCAAAUCUUGCGCUAGAAUCAAUGUGCCCAGAUGCAGCAGCAGCAUCUCAGCUCCUCGGCCAGCUUCCCAGCCGAGGUUUAUUCAGCACAAGAAGGAGGCUUUCUGGUUCUACAGAUUCCUCUCAAUUGUGUAUGAUCAUGUUAUAAACCCCGGGCAUUGGACUGAGGACAUGAGGGACGAGGCGCUUGAGCCGGCGGAGCUCACUGAUCGGAGAAUGAUUGUGGUGGAUGUUGGUGGCGGCACAGGGUUCACCACUCUGGGGAUUGUGAAGCAUGUGGAUGCCAAGAAUGUCACCAUUCUUGACCAGUCACCUCACCAGCUUGCCAAGGCGAAACAGAAGGAGCCCUUGAAGGAGUGCAAGAUUAUUGAGGGUGAUGCUGAGGACCUCCCUUUUCGAACUGAUUACGCUGAUCGUGUGUCUGCUGGGAGCAUCGAGUACUGGCCAGACCCGCAGCGUGGCAUCAAGGAAGCAUACAGGGUCCUAAAACUCGGAGGAAAAGCAUGCGUAAUUGGUCCUGUGUACCCAACAUUUUGGUUAUCUCGUUUCUUUGCCGAUGUAUGGAUGCUUUUCCCAAAGGAGGAAGAGUACAUUGAGUGGUUCCAGAAGGCAGGGUUUAAAGAUGUCCAGCUGAAAAGAAUUGGCCCAAAAUGGUAUCGUGGGGUUCGCCGCCAUGGAUUGAUCAUGGGAUGUUCUGUUACAGGCGUUAAACCUGCAUCCGGGGAUUCGCCUUUACAGCUUGGUCCGAAAGCAGAGGACGUGACAAAGCCGGUAAAUCGGUGGUCGUUCUUCGUGCGGUUCAUGUUGGGUGUCAUGGCAGCAACAUACUACGUGCUGGUGCCUAUAUACAUGUGGAUCAAAGAUCAAAUUGUACCCAAGGGCCAACCAAUCUGAGAGAGAGAGUUGAUGCCCUUCUGGUUUUACUACUGGUACAAGUAGGCAGGCAUGGUUGUCGUUGUGUAUGCAUACAGGACGAGACAGAAUUGUCGAUGAUCGCCAUCGCUAAUGAAAUCCCAUCAGAUUUUCAACUGUAAUUAAAGCUUUGUUUAGUCUCUUGAACAACUGCGCGAAAAAAAAUAACAGAAUCAAAAUCCCCACGCAUCAUCCUAUAACAAAGUCGAUUACAUUCAGAUUACAUUGCAAUGCAAACGCAAAAUCUAACGAGACAGAUACGCGUAGAAUGCCGAUGGAUCCCUUCUGCGUAGAUGUACAUGAACUCAAGAUGCCACUAGUAUUGUGC